AUGUCUUCCGCGACAACUGUCACCAAGACCAAUAUCGGUGUCUACACCAACCCCAACCAUGAUCUGUGGAUCGCCGAAACCACUCCGAAAGUCGAGGAUGUGCAGAGCGGGAAGGGCCUGAAGCCCGGCGAAGUCACCAUUGAGGUGCGUAGCACAGGCAUUUGCGGAUCGGAUGUGCACUUCUGGCAUGCGGGCUGCAUUGGCCCUAUGAUUGUCACUGGCGACCAUGUCCUGGGUCACGAAUCUGCCGGUCAGAUUGUGGCCGUUGCCUCGGAUGUCACCUCCCUGAAGCCCGGCGACCGUGUCGCCAUUGAGCCCAACAUUAUCUGCAAUGCCUGUGAGCCCUGUCUGACCGGCCGCUAUAACGGUUGCGAGCGCGUCGCCUUCCUGUCUACCCCUCCCGUCGAUGGUCUGCUGCGCCGAUACGUCAACCACCCUGCCAUCUGGUGCCACAAGAUCGGCGACAUGAGCUAUGAGGAUGGAGCCCUGCUGGAGCCACUCAGCGUGACUCUAGCUGCCGUCGAGCGCAGCGGGCUGCGUCUUGGUGACCCUCUGCUCAUCACCGGUGCUGGUCCCAUUGGCUUGAUCUCGCUACUCAGCGCACGGGCUGCCGGCGCCUGUCCCAUCGUGAUCACUGAUAUUGAUGAGGGCCGUUUGGCCUUCGCCAAGUCCCUGGUCCCAGAGGUCCGCACCUACAAGGUGCAGAUCGGCCUAUCAGCAGAGGAGUCUGCGGCGGGCAUCAUCAACACUAUGAAUGAUGGCCGGGGGUCUGGCCCAGAUGCGCUGCGCCCCAAGCUGUGCCUGGAGUGCACUGGUGUGGAGAGCAGCGUCAACUCAGCGAUCUGGAGUAUGAAGUUUGGUGGCAAGGUGUUUGUCAUUGGCGUUGGCAAGAACGAAAUGAACAUUCCCUUCAUGCGUCUCAGCACUCAGGAAAUUGACCUGCAGUACCAGUACCGGUACUGCAACACCUGGCCGCGGGCCAUUCGUCUAGUGCAGAACGGUGUUAUUGACCUGCGCAAACUGGUCACUCAUCGCUUUGCGCUGGAGGAUGCUCUGAAGGCAUUUGAGACGGCAGCCAACCCAAAGACCGGGGCUAUCAAGGUGCAGAUCAUGAGCUCGGAGGAGGAUGUCAAGGCUGCUUCGGCAGGUCAGAAGAUUUAG